UUGUGUAGUAUCUAAACGUUUCAGCUAGUCAGUUGUGUUUUUUCUAUUGAUCGAGUAUAAAGUGAUUUUAAAUGAUCGUAUUUGUUUAAAAUUUUCGUAUAUAAAAGAAAAAUGGAUUUAUUGAAACAGAAACUUAAUCGCAAAAAUAACGAUGUUUUCUUAUUCAAAUCAAAGCAUGGAGGUCCAGAUAUUCAGUUGACAUCAGUUCCACCAUGGAUUAAUUUAUCUGGACAUUCAUGGAAACGAAAGUAUGAAGACUCUACGUGUAUUAUUGAAAAACUUUGUGGCUCUGGAAUUGAUCACUCUGGUAAUAAUAGAUUUCUUCUUGAUCACACAAUUUUCUCGGGUAAAGUAAAGACUUUUAAACGGGAUAAUGAUACGGACAUAAAUAAUUUAAUGGAAUUUUUCACCUACAUUAAUGAUGAAUUAGUUGAAAAAAUUAAAGAAGAAAGCAUAAAUGGUUUAAUUAAAUUUAAUUUAGUGGUUGAAUGUUUAUACAUCCAUCCAGUUAGGGGUGAUACUAAAAUAGCAUCUUUUAAAUCGACAAGUAAAAAGGUGGAUAGUUGUACUGAUAUAGUUUCAAAGUUAAAAAAAAUUUACCAAAAGCUAGAGACUGAACGCCAGGAAAUGGAAAUGAAAGGUAGUGGUUGGACCCUAGUUUUCAUUUAUAAUAUUGUCGUGCGCAUACACAGACACAAUCCUAUACACGCUUCAUCACAUAUCAAACUCCCAAAAUGCAUUGAACUUAAAAAAGCAGUUAUAAAUGUUGUAAAUAAAGAUAAUAAAUGCUUUAAAUGGGCUAUUCUUUCAAAAUUUAUGUCUGGUGUACACAAGGAGAGAUGGUCUGAUAGGUAUGUACAACUAGAGAAAAAUAUCAAUCUUAACUUUAACGGUAUUGACUAUCCUACACCUUUAAAUCAAGUUUGGAAAUUUGAAAAAAAUAAUCCAACAUUAUCUGUAAAUGUAUUUGCUUUAGAUGAAAAAAAUAACGUUUACCCUCUGCAACUAACUAAAAGCAGGUGCAAAAACGAUCACAUUGAUUUACUUUAUUUGACCGAACACAACAACAGUCAUUAUUGUUAUAUAUCUAAUUUUUCUCGGCUUGUGGGUAGACAACGGAGUAAGUCACAUUUUCAAGAACUCUACUGUAAACGAUGUUUAAAAGUCUUUACUAAUAGAAAACUACUAACACAACCUUGGGGUAAUGAUGGACUUGCCAAACACUUGGAGAACUGUAGCAAAUUUAAGGCUACCAAAGCUGUAUUGCCGCAUCCCAAUAGUGACCAAGCCAUAUUGAAAUUCAGAAACAUUCGACGGCAAGAACCUGUUCCACUCAUUAUAUACGCUGAUUUUGAAUGCAUUCUAAAACCAUCCAAUAACAAAAUAUCUUGCAAUUCAUAUGUCAAACAUGAACAUGAAGCAAUGAGCUACUGUUUUGUUGUCAUAGCUGAUGAAAGUAUAUUGCCUCGGAAUAUAUGCGCAGAGAUUCCAACCGAACCCGUUUUAUUCCGUGGACCUAAUGCUGCGAAACAUUUUGUAUCAUCAUUGGUGAAUAUCAGUAGAAAAAUAUCAGAAUUAAUGAAAGUCAACAUUAAAAUGGAAACUCUUAGCGCAGAAAAUAUGCAACGUUUUGAAUCAGCUGUGAGGUGCGAGUCGUGUAAUCAACCAUUUGAUGAAAUCUGUAAAAAAGUUAGGGACCAUAAUCACUGGACUGGUAUGUUUAGAGCUGUACUUUGCAAUAAAUGCAAUUUACAGCUACGAUAUCCAACGUUCCUACCAAUUGUAUUCCACGGAUUAUCGAAUUAUGAUUCUCACUUUAUAAUACAAGAGUUAGCAUACGAUAAGGAAGAUAUCAGUAUUAUACCACAGAGUUCUGAAAAAUACAUAUCGUUCAGCAAAAAUAUAACUAAUCAAUUUCAACUUCGGUUUAUAGACUCGUACAGAUUUUUAGCUGCUAGUUUAGCUAAAUUGAGCGACACUUUAUCUCCAGAAGAUUUCAUCGAAACAAAUAAAGUCUUUGGCUCGCUGGAUUUGGUAACAAGAAAAUCAGUGUUUCCCUACGAAUACGUUGACUGCCAGAGCAAAUUGGAUGAAACGCUACUACCAGCAAUCGAUAAGUUUUAUAGCUCUUUGACAAACUCAUCGAUAACAGAAGAAGAUUAUGCUCAUGCAGAAAAUGUAUGGAAAAAAUUUCAAUGUACAACUUUGGGUGACUACAGCGACGUUUAUUUGAAAAUUGAUUGCAUGAUACUCACCGAUGUAUUUCAAAGAUUCCGUAGGCAAUGCUUAAUAAAUUAUAAACUGGAUCCUGCACACUACUACUCAUGUCCUGGACUAUCAUUUGAUGCCAUGUUGAAAUAUACAGAGAUAGAGCUAGAACUACUAACUGAUUAUGACAUGUUGUUAAUGUUUGAGCUUGGAAUUCGUGGUGGACUUACUCAAGUCAUGCAGAGGCAUUGUCGUGCUAAUCAUCCAGAUGUUCCGGACUACGAUUCGACCCAACCGAAAAAGUUUAUACAAUACUUAGAUGCUACGAGCUUAUAUGGCACAGCAAUGAUGGAACCCAUGCCAUAUGGAGGAUUUAAAUGGAUUGAUAAACCUAUAGAGGAUAUCUUGACUGUACCAGAUGAUAAUGAAUUCGGAUACAUUGUGGAGGUUGAUGUAGAUUAUCCAGACUACAUCCAUGAUACUCAUAACGAUUUACCUUUCUUGCCAGUCAACGAUUGCACCCCAUUUUCUAAAUAUCCUAAAUUAAUGACUACUUUGAAUUCAAAGUCAAAAUACAUUGUUCACUAUCGGGCAUUGCGACAAGCUGUGAAAUAUGGGCUUACGGUGAAAAAAAUGUACAGAGCCAUCGAGUUCAAACAGUCGAUGUGGUUGAAACCGUACAUUGAUAUGAAUAUUGAAUUGAGAAAAAAAGCUACAAACGUGUUUGAACAAAAUUUGUCGAAAGAUAUGAUUAACUCGUGUUAUGGUAAAACGUUAGAAAAUGUUCGUCGACAACAAAAUAUAAAAUUGGUAAGCUGUGAGAAAAAACUGAUGAAGCUUGUUGCAAAGCCCAAUUUCGAUACCACCACUGUAUUUAACGACAAAUUAGUUGCAGUGCAUAUGUUUAAAGAAAAAAUCAACUUUUUUAAACCAAUAUACAUAGGGCAAGCCGUAUUAGAUGUGAGCAAAUGGAUUAUGUAUAACUUCCAUUACGGAGUUAUGCUACCACUAUACGGAGACAAGUUGUCGUUAAUAUACAUGGACACUGACAGUUUUAUAUAUGUAAUUCAAACUGAAAACUUCCAAAACGAUCUAAAGCAACAUCUGCUCAAGUAUCUCGACACAUCCAAUUAUCCUAAAGACCAUAUGUGUUACACAGACGAACGUAAAAAAGUACCAGGUAGUUUCACCGAUGAAGUUGGUGGUCUCCAUAUAUACGAGAUUGUUGCAUUGUUACCGAAAACUUAUGCCUUUACCGUCGUAAAAAAUGGAUGCAUAGUAAGUGACAAUGCAAAGUUUGCACUGGAGGAGGUCAAGCGACUAAAGGGAAUAACAUCGGGUGUGGUGCGUAAACAAAUAAACAUGGACAACUACUUUAAAUAUUUAAAGGACUCGCUAUCGGAAAAGAAAAAGAUGAUGGUUAUCAGAUCAAAUAAUCAUAAAGUUCAAACAAUUGAAACCAAUAAAACUGCUUUUACAAGCGUCACGAAUUUUGAUAAACGCGCUUUGGUUGGAGGAGAUGAAGAAUAUCCCAAUGUAUACACUAAGGCUUGGGGUCAUUAUUCAUUAAGAACAAAUAACUAAAUUGUAAAUAAAAGUAUAUUUUAUUUUUUCAAAUUUUAUGUGUUUUAACAAUAAUGUUAUGUAAUGUUUUUACAAAAACAACUAGUUUAUAAUUUUUAUAAAAUAAAAUACAAUAAAAUUAUGAAUUUUGAGUUAACCAGUUUUUCAAACACAAUACCUUAUAUAAACUACACAUUUUGUAAUUGUUCAUGUGUCGAAUGCAACAGGGGCUCGAUCGUAAUCGUAAAUUAUACAAUGAUGGACAGUCAAGAUCUUCCAUGUUAAUCACAUGCUGUCCCGGCAAAAACUUUUCCAGUACACGUUUUUUGAUGACCCCCUUGACGUAGAUAAUUUCACAUCUCAAUAGUGACAUAAUUCUCGGUAAUUCACUAUAUUCGACAUCACCAAUCGAAGUAUCCAUUCCAUGAUAGUACUUUUUCAGCCAAUUACAUGUUUUUCGAUCAUCUUUGACA